AUGCACGUUCUCUCAACUAUUCUGCCUGCACUGGGCUUGUUAGCCCAUGUAUCUUCCGCCGCAUACACCCUGCGCGACGACUACGGUACCUCCGACUCGUUUUUUGACAAGUUCAAAUUCUACACAGACACCGAUCCCACCAAUGGCUUUGUGAGCUACGUCGACCGUAACACCGCCUCAAGCAACGGUCUCAUCAACACGGGCAACGGCGUCUACAUCGGCGUCGACCAUGCCAACACCGCCACCACACCUGGUCGCCAGAGCAUCCGCCUGGAGAGUACCGCCACCUACAAGCAUGGACUUGUUAUUCUCGAUCUGGCCCACAUGCCCAGCAGUACAUGCGGCAGCUGGCCUGCCUUCUGGAUGCUCGGCUCCAACUGGCCCAACAACGGCGAAAUCGACAUCAUCGAAGGCGUAAACGAGCAAACCCAAAACCAAAUGGCCCUCCAUACCAGCAACGGCUGUACAGUCAACAACACCGGUUUCACAGGAACCCUCGACACAGCAAACUGCUACGUCCAAGCCCCCGGCCAAUCCGCAAACAGCGGUUGUUCAAUCCGAAGCCGCAGCACGCAGUCCUACGGCACAGGCUUCAACAACGCCGGCGGCGGCGUCUACGCCACAGAAUGGACCGGCUCCGCCAUCUCAGUCUGGUUCUUCCCCUCCUCCGCCGUGCCGGGCGAUAUCUCAUCUGGAAACCCCAACCCGGCGGGCUGGGGUGCGCCCACGGCACGCUUUGCCGGUAGCUGCAACAUCGACUCUCAUUUCAAUGAUCUGCAGAUCGUGUUCGAUAUCACCUUCUGUGGAGACUGGGCUGGCUCGGUUUGGGGUUCGUCGAGCUGUGCUAGUCGUGCUGGAUCGUGCGUCGACUACGUGCAGAAUAACCCGACGGCUUUCCAGGAGACUUAUUGGCGUGUGCGCUCGCUUAAGGUUUAUCAGCAAUUGACUAGUUCUGUUGCUGGUGCUGGGGGUGUGGAGGUGGGUGCUGAGGGUGUGGAAGUGGAGGCCGGUGUGGCUUGGAAUCCUACGGGGUUGUUUGAGCGCCCUCCGCAGAAGACUUCUAUGAAGCAUCGUCGACAGCAUUAUCGUCAUGGACAUGGGAGUGGACAUGGUCAUGCUUAG